UAUUUUCUUCUGCCAGCUCAACUCUGCUCAAUUGGACACACGUCAACCUGCAACCGAUCCCGUGGCAAAAUGUGUACGCAAGCUAAUCAAGAAAUUCUUCUAUUGAAUAACUAUAAAUACCCGUAACUUAACUCCGUGUUCUCAUCAAUGAAAGCGAGUGCAACAAUUUAAGCGGUUGCUACAUAUAUUACUGCGAUGAGAUCACAGUUUCCUUUGUUCCUGGUGCUGGGAAUAGUUUUCCUAGCAUCCGUUUCUGUCUCAUUAACGGAGAAGCCGAGUUGGAGCAAAUGUGUGCAGACAUGCGAGAGCGAGAAAGAUGCGUCCAGGGUGCAAAAAUGCCAGCUUCGUUGCAAGCACGUUUCUGAGCGUGGGGAGAAAGAAGAGGAAGAGGAAAGAGUGAUUCCUGAGCCCCACCCAUCACACGAGAAGAAGGAAGAGGAAAAAGAAGAGCUUCCACCUCCACACUCAAGAGAGCAUGAGCGUGAAGAAGAACAAUGGAAAGGACGGCAACGUCGUGAAGAUCCGGAAGAGAGGGAGAGGGUGAGGCAGAGGGAGAGGGAGAAGGAGGAAGUAAUGAGGGAGAGGGAGAAGGAGGAAGAAAUGAGAGAGAGGGAGAAGGAGGUAGAAAUGAGAGAGAGGGAGAGAGAGAAGGAGAGAGAGAAGGGAGAGAAAUACCGCAGACGUGAGAAGAAGGAGAAAUGGGAAGAGGUAGAAGAAGAUCCAGGUUUCCCAAACUCAGACUCACAAACACAGAACAACCCUUUUCACUUCAGCUCGAAUAGAUUCCAUACUCUUUUCAAGAACCAACACGGUCACAUCCGUGUCCUUCAGAGCUUUGACCAACGAAGCUCCACACAGCUUCAGAACCUUCGAGACUACCGUGUUGUGGAGUUCAAGUCCAGACCCCACACCCUUCUUCUCCCUCACCAUGCAAAUGCUGAUUUCCUCCUCGUUGUCCUUAGCGGGAGAGCCUUAAUUAACUUGGUGGAACCCGACAACAGAGAUCCCUACUACCUUGACCCUGGUUAUGCCCAAAUAAUUCCUGCGGGAACCACUUUCUAUUUGGUUAACCCAGAGAGAAACAAAAAUCUCAGAGUAAUUAAACUCGCCAUACCCGUUAACAAACCUGGCAAAUUUGAGAAUUUCUUCCUAUCUAGCACCCAAGAACAGCAGUCCUACCUGCAAGGGUUCAGCGAGGAUAUUUUAGAGGCCUCCUUCGAUAGCAAAUUCGAGGAUAUAAGCAAGGUUCUGUUUGGAGAGGAGAGACUGCGGCAGAGGCAGCAAGAGGGAGUGAUUGUGGAACUGUCAAAUGAAAAGAUUCGGGAACUGAGUAGAAAAGCCGAAUCCAGUUCAAUGAAAAUCAAUUCCUUCGAAUAUAAACCGUUUGACUUGAGAAGCUCCCACCCAAUCUAUUCCAGCAAGCUUGGCGCGUUUUUUGAGAUCACCCCAGAAAAAAAUCCCCAUCUUCAGGAGUUAAAUAUCUUCCUCAAUUAUGUGGAUAUCAAAAAGGGAGGUCUUCUUCUGCCACACUACAAUUCUAAGGCCAUAGUCAUACUAGUGGUUAAUGAGGGAGAAGCAAACAUUGAACUUGUUGGCCUAACAGAACAACAACAACAGAAGCGGCAAGAAGUGCAGAGGUAUACAGCUGAGUUGUCUAAAGACGAUGUAUUUGUAAUCCCAGCAGCUUAUCCAGUUGCCAUCAACGCUACCUCCAAUCUGAAUUUCUUUGCUUUCGGUAUCAAUGCUGAGAAUAACCAGAGGAACUUCCUUGCAGGUGAGAAAGACAAUGUGAUUAGCGAGAUACCACGACAAGUGUUCGAGGUUGCGUUUCCGGGGAGUGGUGAGGAUGUGGAGAAGCUAAUAAAAAAGAAGAGAGAAUCAUAUUUUGUGGCUGCGCAGCCUCAGCAGAAGGAGGAGAAUCAUAUUCCUUUGUCUUCAAUAUUGGGCGCUCUCCACUAAACAUGGCCAUCAACUAAACUCUACGGUGCAGCAGUUCAUACCGAGCGACGAAAGUAUGUAAUAACUUGAGCACCGCUUUUGUAUGAAGAAUAAAUAAAUUUAGCAUUAUGUUGUAUUUACUAA